CAGUGUAAAAGCAAAUGCGUAGGAUAUCAUUGAGAUUUCAUCAUUGUGUUAUUAAAUUAGUCAAUUUAAGUUAUUAAACGGUGAUUACUGGUAGAGUUUAUGAGAAUGAGUUUAAAUGAUCCUCCGACCCUAUCCAGGGUUCGGCAUUGGUCGUGUCCUGACAAGCUUCCCUCCACCCCCUCCCUGGACACACCAUUGUCCCGCCCCUUCUACAGGGAGAUGGAGGACACCCUGGCCCGCCCCCUGGCGAGCUGGGAGGAGAAGGUGUUAAGGUGGAGGGAGGAGAGGAUGAGUAGAAGACUGAAGAAGAUUGCUCUCGUCUCAAUGAUGAACACUGACUCCGGAACCAACCUUGAUUUAACAAAUUGUCCUUGGUUUGAUCUGAAGACUGAUUUACUAAGUGAUGAUGAAGGAAGACUGGAUAAAUGUAUUGAAGAGAAGGACGGAUUGAACCACAGAAGAGCUGAAGAGAAGGACGCAUUCAACCGGAGAAGAGCUAGUUUUCCUUCGACGGAUUCGUGCGGGGUUGAAGACCAAGGUUCAUCUUUUCCUACUCAGCAACCCUGGGAGGAAUACAACCCUGAAUUAAGUUCAUAUCCCGGAGAAAUCCAAAACACCGAACCAGAACUUGCCAGACUAAAUGUUAGGCUUGGUAUAAGUUCUAUUCUCGGAGAAGCAACCCAACCUGACAAUUUAAGAAGAGUUCAGAACACAACUAACAACCCUGUUCAUAUACCCGUUCAUAGAAGUCCCCAAAAUAUUCAACCUUGUCGCGAAUGCUCCCAAAACCCCCUCGGAUGCUCCCGAACAACGCCUAGUUGCUCCAAACAUAUAACUAGUUACCCUGGAACUAAACCAUGCCACUACAAACCGAUUUCAAUCUACGAACAGCUUGACUCCUCCCCUCCCAACCAAACCAAACCAUUCACUGUUGAAUUCUGUUCCUAUAUAUAUUAUUUAAUUAACCCAGAGAAACCUAGUGUUAAUCCUAGUACCUGUACCAGCACGGAGUAUAAAAGAACCCGGAGUAGAUCCUGGUUUAGUCCGUGGACCUAUUUUCUCCUCUUCUCAAUAGUCUUGAUCAACUCCUGCUCACUGGUUGCUGCAAACCAAGGGCCCCAGGUUUGUGUCGCCAAUAUCAAUAUAAACCACAAGACGAACUGGGCUGAUCUGGCCAAGUACAGUAACUGUACUGUACUGGAGGGAAGCUUACAGAUUAACUCCGCUCUACUGGAUUAUCAGAAGGCCGAAGACAACUUAAACUUCUCGUUUCCGCAUCUAGUUGAGAUCACUGAUUACCUACUCCUAUACCGGGCAAACCAGAUUGAGAACCUGACCAGUGUUCUCCCCAAGCUGGCGGUCAUUCGCGGUCACCGGCUCAUCAACAACUACGCCCUGGCCAUAUACCAGAUGAAGAACAUGAGGACUCUGGGUCUGCUCAGCCUGACGAACAUCAUGAAGGGCGGAGUAAGGAUCGAGAAGAAUCCGUCCCUCUGCUACGUGGAGACGAUUGACUGGAGGCAGAUUGUGAUAGAUCCGAUACAUAAGAAAUCUCACAUCUUCAUUGAAGAGAAUAUGGACGAACAAGCAUGCUCUGACACGUGUAAGCCCAGCUGCGAAAACAAUUGUUGGGAUGAAGAUAAUUGUCAAAUAAAGCUUGUAAAAUGUCCGGGUGGAAUUGACGGUUCCGCCGGCCAGGACGAGUGCUACGCGGAUAACCAGGGUGAACCCAAGGUCCCCUGCUCGGCGGAGUGUAUCGGCGGAUGCUCCGCCAAAACCUCCCCCGAGCACUGCUACGCCUGCAGGAAUCUCUGGUACCAGCUACAGAACAACUCAACCGUCUGUGUCGAGAAAUGUCCUGAGGGCCUUCUCUCGUAUAAGAACUGGAAGUGUAUUACGGAAGAAGCGUGUAGUAAUCUUGAGAAUGAUGGAGGAUACAGGGAGGAGGACAAGUUCUACAAGAUACACACUGACCUCAACAGGCAGGAGCAGCAGUGCGUCGCAGAGUGCCCGGCCAACUAUCAGGGUACAAAAGAUCAAAAUGCGAAGAGGUGGGAGUGUACUCCAUGUCAGAACUGUCCAAGACAUUGUGAUGGCGGAGUGAUUAAUUCUCGGGAGGAAGCUGAGAGAUUUCUUCAUUGCACUCAUAUCACCGGGGAAUUAGAAAUUAGGGUCUCAGAAGGUGACAUAACGCCAGUUCUAGAGGACACAAUGAAGGAUAUUAAAGAGAUCUCAGGAACUCUGAAAAUAUCUCGUUCCUUUGCUCUCGUCUCCCUGUACUUCUUCAAGUCCCUGGAGCUCAUCAAGGGUGAGAACACGAACGAGAAGUUCAGCAUCACUAUAAUGGAGAAUGAGAACCUCCAGAAGCUAUUCCCAGGGAACGUGAAGGUUGAGGCUGGGAAGGCGUUUAUCCACUACAACCAGAAACUCUGCAUGGAGGAGAUUAACAAUUUUAUUGAGAAGAGUGGGCUCAGGAAACCAGGGGUCUACGAGGUGUCUAGCGUCACCAAUGGGAACAAGGCCGUCUGCAGCAAGGAAAAGCUUUGGUUUAAUAUCACUGGUAUUCACGGUAGGGCAUUUGUCUUCGAAUUUGAAAACUAUCGACAGAACUUGUACCUACGUGCAGAGGAGGACGUUAAUGCACUAAUUGGAUAUGAGAUAUACUAUCGAGAGAUCAGUGAAGAGCAGUAUGUUGCAAAGAACAUCAGUAAAUUUGAGGGUUUGGAUGCUUGCGGUGGGAACACUUGGAACGUGCAGGAUAGGAGGCCCAGUGAUAACUUGGGAACGUGUGAAAAUUCCAAAGACUGCAAUCUCCCAGCAAACCAAGAUGAUUUUCCUAUCCUGGUCUAUAAACCGGAGACAGGCUGGAUAUUUGAUCUGAAACCCUUUACUCCUUAUGCAGUAUACGCCACUACCCUUAUGGUGCCGCAUCUUGCUACGAACGCAACCGGCGCGCAGUCCGAUAUAGUUUACUUUAGAACGGACAGUGAGCCCCCAGAACAGGUUAGGAACCUGAAAUGGUCCGCAGAGGAAACAUACUCAAAGCUACGAAUUAGCUGGUCUCCACCCAGACGCCCUCAUGGUAUAAUUGAUCACUAUGAUAUAAUGCUAGAAUAUAUCCCGCUCAAGGAUAUUGCUAAGAAUAGGAACUAUUGCUCCAAGAAGCCGGAGGAUAAGCCUGAGAAAGCAGAGAUUGUCGUUCCUAAACCUAAGGUGAAUGAUACAAGUAAUUGUCCCUUGUGUCAGUGCUCUAAGGACGAUGGCAAAAACUACAAUAAAAUUGAGGACUUCGGAGACGAACAUAUUGAUGAACAGGUGUUCUACAGCGAUCUCAUUAAUAAAAUCUUCACUAUACCAAUAACUAUCGGAGGGGGUGGGAAAUCAAAACGAUCCAUCCGUAGUGGAGCUGAAUCCCUCCAGCUUUUGGGACAACCGGAGGAAGAAAAAUAUGUCAGGGUUAACACUAAGACUGCAUCUGUCCAGUCAUAUGAAAAUGUUUACAACGAGACCUCGUUCAUCAACGGAUCUAACGUGUAUGGAAUCUUGUAUGAGAGAGUGAGUGGAAACCAAACUGAGAUUGUGCUCAAGGACCUGAAACACUUUGCCCUGUACCAGGUUAAGGUGAUGGCUUGUCAGGCAGAGCGUAAGUAUGAUUUGGAUUGUGUAGACAACUGUAUAAUGCAGAAGGAUUGUUCCCCUUGGUCUAUUGAUGAGGCUAAAACUCGACCCAAACCCAACGCGGACGAUAUCAUCGUAGAUGACAAUAAAUUGGAGAUAAUAUUCCCAAAUGAGACGACUGGAGACACAUAUAUCCGUUGGAGACCACCCCAGGAUCCUAAUGAGAUGAUUGUACACUACACGCUGCGCAGAAAAUCGUCUAUGUCUGAUGACGCGUCAAACAGCUACAUGGAGCAGUGCAUAUCGUUGAACCAGUUAAUUGAACUAGAUGAUGGUAGAGUUGAAUACCAUUUAACCACGGAGGGUGAAUACUUAAUCAGUUUAAGAGCUGUCUCUCUUUACUCCUCUGGAGGCUGGACCAGCUGGCAGAAGGUGAAGGUUAAGACUACUGCUAGUUACUACUGGAUUGCUAUUGUUGUGGUUAUUCUCCUUCUCCUGAUUGCCGGGUUGAUGGUAGGAUUCGUGGUGCGGCAUAAGAAGAAGAAUCCGAUCCUAGAAUGGGAGAUUGUUUCCAGGAACCCGGAUUAUCUCGACACGGGUUGUGUUUACCAGAUGGAUGAGUGGGAAGUUCCCAGAGAUUUAAUAAUAAAGGGAGAAGAGCUGGGGAGCGGAUCUUUCGGAGUUUGUCAUAAAGGAAUCUACAAUUAUCCAGAUAAGGGUCCUGUUUCUGUUGCGAUAAAAACUGUUCCGGAGCGCGCCACCUUUAGACAGCGGAUUGAGUUCCUGAACGAGGCAAGCGUGAUGAAGGAGAUCAAUACUGCUCACGUGGUCAAGUUGCUCGGCGUGGUGAGCCAGGGUCAACCCACCCUGGUUCUCAUGGAGCUUAUGGAGAACGGAGAUUUGAGAAAGUAUUUGAGAAGUUUGAGACCUGAUAAUAAUAAUAGAGGUGGAGACCCACCUACCCUACAGCGGACCCUGCAGAUGGCUCUUGAGAUAGCUGACGGAAUGGCGUAUCUGAGUGUGAGGAAAUAUGUGCACAGGGAUUUGGCUGCGCGUAACUGCAUGGUGAGUUCGGAUCUUGUGGUAAAGGUUGGAGACUUUGGUAUGGCCCAGGACGUGUAUGAGAGGGAAUACUACAGGACGGAGGGAAGAAGGUUGCUUCCGGUCAGAUGGAUGGCCCCAGAGUCACUUAGGGACGGAAAGUUCACUUGUAAAUCUGAUGUUUGGAGCUACGGAGUAGUACUCUGGGAGAUGGCAACCCUGGCAGAACAACCAUAUCAAGGAUGGUCUAAUGACGAGGUUGUAAGAUUGGUGAAGGAAGGGAAUGUUAUGCCUAAACCUGAAAACUGUCCUGAUAUUGUCUAUGAUCUGAUGAAGGAGUGCUGGAGUCGAAACCCCGACCAUCGACCCUCAUUUAUCGAUAUCUGUGAACGACUGCUACCUGAGGCGACGGAGAAAUUCCGAUCGAAUGCGUUCUAUUUGUCCAGCCAAGGAGCUGAGGCAAUAGCUAACCAGCAAGCUCAACGACAAGCCCUAGAGGAGGCGGAACAUCUAACCCCACUAACCAAUAACGGACGAAUGAACGGAGAGAAUGGAGAUUUUAGUCAAGGAGAGAACCACGCUAUGCGUGAGCUAAGGAGUCCAGGACAUGUUAGUUUCUCAAACAACGGAGGUGGCUCCCGGAGUAAGAGCAACGGAGUACUACAAAGACUCCGAAACAAGUCCGGAAGCACCUCUGGAGAGGCCUGAACCAGGGAGUUUUAACUCUCCCAACUCUUUUUAAGAAUCCCGAGAAUGUGCAAACCUUACAAGAAUGCCUGAAACACAAAUUUGUGUCUAAACG